CCAAGCCUUUGCCCGCACAUCUACGUGAACACUCCUGUCCAGAGAUGGGCACACACAAAGCACAUCCCAACACACACUCACAUAUUCACCUUCCCUUCUUCCCUCCUCAGCUCACCCCGAUGGCCACCGCUUUUUGCCUCCCCAUGUGACGCCAUUGGGCUGCUGGUUCUGACCCUGCCCUGUUAAAAUUGCCUUCAGGAAAGUAGCCGUGAUUCGCUGGACAUCCUACCCUGUGUUCAGCCUGUGAGUACCCAAACCAUGCCAGAGCCUUGCCUGACUCCUUGGCCUUCCCCACAAGGCUCCAGCCCUGCUGCAGUUGUUCCCAGGUUUCCUCAGCAGCGUCCACGGCUGAUUGUGUCCUUGCCUGUGCUCCUGCUUUGUGUGCGCUUGUGUUCAGGCAGGGUCCACAGGAAUCCAUGGGGGAGCGCAAAUUCGAGCAUGAAUCCACCCCAAUAUACAGGAGCCUCUGUGUCUGUGUGUGUGUAUCUCUGAGUGUCUGUCUGUCCUAUUGUGUUACUGAGCCAGUGGAAUGCGUUGAUCUCACUGGAGACGCUCUCCACGGCUCUGCCCUGAGCAUCCCAGAGCAGCAUUUGCCCAGACUCAGAAGGAGCCCGGGUGUCACUGGACAAUGAUGGAGCAACCUGCAGGAGAUUUGUCCAGGGAAGAGGCGCUGAAAUGCAGUCCCUGCUUCCUGAGCCCACCUUUUAGAGCUGCCCUAAAUGCAGAAACACACAUGCACAUGAACUCGUGGACACCCGGACUCAUCAACACACACACAGGUCUCUCCAGGCCAAUGCACAGCUGCUCUCCCCUGUGCUGCAUCCGAUUGGUUUCAUGGACACGCAGAAAGGCUGGGGCUUUGUGCCCACGUCCUGGAUCCGUGUGAGUGCAUUUCUUUACAGGGCCCUGAAGGACAAUUCGGGAGUCCCCACAGAACAGCAAAGGGAGGAGGUGAGGGAACAGACGACGGGAGCGAAGGAAAGGCAGGGACUGUCGAUGCUGAGCUGCACGAUGCCAGCCCGAUGCCCUGGGCCCCAGCCCGGCGCCGCCGCUUGCGACGUGCAGAGAGCCGAGCGCCGCCCCGCAGCCCCCGCGCUCGCCUCCGCUCCGUUCCCUGGCGGGACUGGGCGAGAGCCCGAGCGGCAGCGGCGCAGGGCUGAGCCCCGGGGCGGAGCUGGCGGCGGCCCAGAGGAGGCGGCACGGCCGCAGCAGAGCCGGGGCUCAGGGGCACAGCGAGGCUCGGCCGGCGGAGCGGCGCCAUGCGGCGGGCUCGGGCCGCGGGGCUGCCGGCGCUGGCCGCGCUGCUGCUCGUGGCUGUGACCAGAGCUCAGGUCCAGCAGGAGCCGUUCCUGGAGACCACCGAGGGCACCGGCAUCAACAUCACCUGCUCACAUCCCCAAAUCCAGACCAGCGAUUACAUCCACUGGUACCGCCAGCUCCCAGGCCGAGCACCCGAAUUCCUCGUGAGCACACUCAAAGACUCCAAGGAUGUGCCGGGCAUUGCAGGAACGCUGUCGGUGUCGGAGGACGGGCGCUCCAGCGCGCUGUGGCUGGCUGUGCCCCGGCGCGGGGACGCGGCCGUGUAUUACUGCGCGCUGGGGGCCCGGGCAGAGGAGCCGGGGCUGCGGCCGGGCACGAACCGCCGCGGGCGGGGCCGGGCGGGGCCAGCAGGGGCCGCUCCGCUCCCGGCUGACGCCGCUCGGCGGGGCACGGACCGAGCCGCGCCUGGAACCCGCGCCACCCCGAACGGGAACCACCACGGGCCCCGCACACGGCCUGGCCUCCUGCCAGAGACACCUCCGAGCACAAGGAUGCUGCCCUGCAAGGCGUACGAAACAAUUCUGCUGCAGACGAACAUUUCAGCAGCGGUUGAGGCACUCAGGGAAGGUAUUUCUGAGCCUAUGGGCAGCCAAAGGAAGGCUCAGGAGAUGUUGGCUCCUGGAUCGGUGAGGAAGGGAACCUGCUGACAAAUGACAGGGAAAAGGGUGACACACUCCGGGCCAGCUUGCCCUCAGUUUAACUGCUAUUGCUUCUCCUCCCUUCCAUCACAUCCCUCAGCCUCCCAGACACCUUGCUGGGAAUAAAGCAUCACCCAGAGUAGGAGAAGAACUUAUUAACAAACUCUUAUUGCACAUAGAAUAGUGCACGGUACCACAAACACACUCUGGAGCUUGCACACACCCAAAGAGUAACUCAUAGCUCUGCAUCUAUGAAGAGGUCUGUGCACAUUCAUUUCCAAAGGAGACCCAGGCACAGACACUUCUCCUUCUGCCAUGUCCCCACUGAUGUGCAAACACACACGCUCGCUCCUAUUCCUGCUCCUGCAUCCAAGCCUUUGCCCGCACAUCUACGUGAACACUCCUGUCCAGAGAUGUGCACACAGAAUGCACAUCCCGUGAUACUUUGUCCGAAGAUACUCUCAUCUACCUCAUGAUAUUCAGACCACUGGGCAUCCUGUUCGACAUCCUGGUUUGGUGGGGGCUUGUCAGGGCCCCGGGACUGGAACUUGAGUUGUUGUUCGCAGGUGUGUUUGUCCACCCCAUGGAACACCGAACCCAGUGAAAGGAGAAGGGGCACUUUGCCCUUCUUUGCCUGCAUCGCUUUGCUACAAUGGCCCUGGGAUUUCUCCACCUCCUAACCUGGCUGGACUCUUUUCUGGAAUGACCUUUUGGUGGUCUCCAGAGAAGACCCUUCAACCACUGUACAACCACCGUGACAGAUGGACUGAGAUUGGGAGAAGCCAUUCCCUCCAAGACUGAGACAGGAAAACCCAAUAUGGAGAAGACUCCUUUUCUCCUAAGAACUGAGAUUGAAACUUCUAACCCAAGGAGGGGGAUGUGUGGGGUGGGGGGCAAGUAGCUGCAGGUGUGACCACGGGACCAAAAAGAAAAUAGCCCUUGCUCAAUGCUGACCAGAUGAGAUAAUGAGAACAUUGUAUCUUUUCCCCCCUCCUUUCCAACUUUCAAUAGAAAAAUCCUCAUAAAAACCCCCCGGGUUAGCCUGAGAUUUCGAGAUCUCCACAGCGUGAAAGCGACUCCUCGACUGGACCUGGACUGGACCUCGACUGGACCACAAUGAACUUCGUCAACUCUAGGUUGGUAGCUAUUGCCUCCCUUUCUCUCAACCGUUUUCUUUCCAUAGGCUUUCUCUCUUUUUCCCCCAAUCCCCUCCAAGGCAUUUUGCUGUGACUAUUCAAUAAAGUAUACUGGUUUUGAUUGUUACUGCAAACCCCUUGCCGUGUUGGUGUUUUGUACCCUGAGAUCCAGUAAGGAACCAUCACAAUCUCCGUUCCUAAGGAUGGAUCGUGACACAUCCCAACACAGAUCGAUUCCCACACACUCACAUAUUCACCUUGCCUUCUUCCCUCCUCAGCUCACCCCGAUGGCCACCGCUUUUUGCCUCUCUGUGUGUCAUCACUGGGCUGCUGGUUCUGACCCUGCCCUGUUAAAAUUGCCUUCAGGAAAGUAGCCAUGAUUCGCUGGACAUCCUACCCUGUGUUCAGCCUGUGAGUACCCAAACCAUGCCAGGGCCUUGCCUGACUCCUUGGCCUUCCCCACAAGGCUCCAGCCCUGCUGCAGUUGUUCCCGGGUUUCCUCAGCAGCGUCCAUGGCUGAUUGUGUCCUUGCCUGUGCUGCUGCUUUGUGUGCGCUUGUGUUCAGGCAGGGUCCACAGGAAUCCAUGGGGGAGCACAAAUUCCUGCAUGAAUCCCCCCCGAUGUGACGGAGCCUCUGUGUGUGUGUCUGUGUGCGUCUGUGUGUGUGAGUGUGUGUCCUAUUGUGUUACUGAGCCAGUGGAAUGCGUUGAUCUCACUGGAGACGCUCUCCACGGCUCUGCCCUGAGCAUCCCAGAGCAGCAUUUGCCCAGACUCAGAAGGAGCCCGGGUGUAACUGGACAAUGAUGGGGCAGCCCGCGGUAGAGUUGUCCAGGGAAGAGGUGCUGAAAUGCAGUCCCUGCUUCCUGAGAUCUCCUUUCCCAGCUGCCCUAAACACAUCACACUUUGCUACUGCCAAUUGUCAGUCCGAACAAAAAUGGUUUCACCAAGUCGGGAUUUUUAGCUUAAUUCCGUUUCAAAGGUUGUGAGUGCCUCAGCACGACUGGGAGGGCUCACAGACACAUGGAAACAUGGAUACAUGGACAUAGAGACAUACAAAUACACACAGGUCUGUCCAUACCAGUGCACAGCUGCUCU